GGGGACUGCCCCCACCGCCUCCCGGGGCAGCAGAGCUGUUCCGCUUUGCUCCCGGUGUUCCGUCAGCCCCGUCGGUUUGUGGGUCCCCCGGGUAAAGCCAGGGGUGCGUCCAUCCCCUCGCCGUUCUGCGGUGCCAAAGUCAAACUCCCGCCCAAUGGUACCGAAGCCAAACCUCAGCCCUGUAUCCAGCUCUCACCGCCCGGGUGACAGGGGCAGUUUGCUGCUCCAGCACACCCAGUGGCGGGGGAAUCCUUCCAGCCUGUGCCCGGGGAAGGCAGCUUGUGGCAGGGACACAUCUCCAGGUCCAUCUGCAGCCAUGGAGCGUGCAUCCCCACGUUCUCGCCUCCGGGUCAGGCUGGCACAGUGCACCCCUUCAUGGUGGAUCCCCCCUCGAGUGGGCUCGCAGUGUGGAUGGGCUGGGGUCUGAGACCCCGCUGUCCUCCCCGAGCCAGGGUGGGUGCGAGGGGGCAGCGCUGCGGGCACGGACAGGGCUGAGUGUCCGGAGAAAAGGGUUGCUGGUGAGGGUAGACAGGGUGUGAUCUCCAGGACGAGAGGAAAUGGCCUCAAGUCGAGUCAGGAGAGGGUUAGAUUGGAUAUUAGGGGAAUUUUCUUUAUUAAAAGGAUGGUCAGGCACUGGAAAAUGUUGCCUGGGGCAGUGGUGAAGUCACCAUCCCUGGACAUGUUAAAAAGGCGUGUGGAUGUAUCACUUAGGAGCAUGGUUUAGUGGUGGGCUUGGCAGUUAAUGGUUGGUACUCGAUGGUUUUAGUGGGCUUUUCCGACCUAAAUGAUCCUUUGAUUCCGUGGCUUAUAUUCCCCAGACCUCCGGUUGUCGCGGUGCCUUCCCGUGUCCCCCCUCCCCUCCGCCCCCCGUUCCUGACGUCCUGAGCGCGGCUGCGGGAACACAAUGAGGCCCUGAGGAGCGCGGCUGCUCCGGCUGAGGAAACGGCAGCCGGCUUCCUCCGCAGCCCUGCCCUGGCCCCGCAGCUCCGCACAGCCUGGACACCAUGGGCAUGUCUGCGGAGGACGAGCGCGCCGCCAGCCCCAGAGACGAGGAGUGGCCGGAAGCAGAGAAGGCUGAGAAGCUGGCGAGAGGAGCUGCUCUGAAAUGGGCUUCAGGGGUGUUUUACCGCCCCGAGAAACUGGAGGGGCUCGGGCAUUACCGGAGACGAGAGACGCAGAGGAACAACUCCAUCCAGUCCCGGCUGAAGUCAACUGUCCAGUCCUACCUGGAGGGGGUAAGUGCAGGGCUGGAGCAGCUGCGGUCGGCGGCCCAGGAGGUGCAGGGCGUGUGCCAGGACCUGGGGGCUGCACGGUGGGCCCUGCUCGACAGUGCAGACCACUUCCAGGGCCUCCAGCAGAUGAGGAAGCUGAUGGAGGAGCAUGUACAGCUGGCCUCGGUGGUCCAGGUGCUGCCCCAGAUCUUCUCAGUCCACGAGGUUUUUUCCCAUAUCCUGCAGCUGCUCCAUGGGCAGCAUCUCUUGGAGGCCCAUGUGGAGCUCAUGAUGGUGGAGCAACUUCGGGAUGACAUCCUCUCCCAGCUGCACCUCCGUGGGCUCUCCGGUGCACAGGCAACUGUGCUGUCCUACUUCAGUGGCCUGCAGGACCUCAACGAGAGCCUGGCCAAGCAGCUGUGGGACAUUGUGGGCAGCAGCCUGCGACUGGUGCGUGAGGACCCCGUUCUCUUUGUCACUGCUGUGAGGAUCAUCGAGCGGGAGGAGAAAAUAGAUGAUACUCUGCUCUUGGAGGCCACCUUCCUGCCCCCUGGCCGCCCAAAGGGCUGGAGGCAGAAGUUCUACCAGGUCCUCCAGGACACCAUCACAGGAGCCCGUUUCCAUGCUCCCCGCAUGGAUGCUGAGGGGCCAGGGCUGGCCAAGCACCUGGCAGUGCUGCAGAAGGACAUCGUGUCUGAGCUGCGUGUGGUGAAGGACCUGAUGGUCCAGUGCGUCCCAGCUCACUACAACAUCCUCAGCGUCUGCACUGCCACCUACCACCAGGCCCUCACCAGCCACCUCCAGGAGAUCCUGCGGGAGGACCUGGACAAACAGGGACUCUUCCUUCUCCUUGAGUGGGCGCUCCGUGUGUACCACAGCCCAGAGAUGAUGGGUCACCCUGACCUCCUCCCAGAAGUGGAUGUCUCUGCUCUGGAUCCCUUGAUGUCCUCUGAGCUUGUGGAUCAGACAGAGAGGAGAUAUGUGAUGAAAGUCAAGGCUAGUGUGUUCGAGUGGAUGCAGAGGACCCUGGAGGUGGAGUUCAAGGAAUGGUUCAGGGAAGAGGAACCUGAGACAGACCAUCAGGGCUUCUUCCAGUCAGCCUUGCCUGCCAUUGUCAUGCAGAUGCUGAAUGAGAACAUCCAGGUGGCUUCCUUGAUCACCAACUCUCUGCAGCAGAAGAUCUACAACAUGGCCUUGGAGGAGCUUGAGGCAUUCCUGGGCCGCCUGCGGGAAGCCCUGGCGCAGUGCGGGAAGGAGCACCAGCAGGACCGGGCCGUUCCCAAGUACUACAUCUCCCACCUGCUGGCCGUGCUCAACAACAACCUGGCUCUCAGCAAUUCUGUUUCCUCCCUGCACCCUGACACUGCCUGCAGAGAAGUCCCUGGAUCCUUGCAGGCUGCUCUAGACAGGAUGCAGAAGAAAGCCACACAGCUGCUGCUGGAGGAACUGCUCCUGGACCUGCAGCCCCUCUGCCUGCAGCUGCCUUCCCGCAAGUGGCUCUCCGGGUCCCAGCUCGUCGGCAGCAUGUGUGAAGUGAUUGACAAGUAUGCAAAGGACUUCUCCCGCGUCAGGAAACCCGUGUUCACGCUCCUGCUGGCGGAGAGCGAGCUCCUGGUGGUGAACCAGUACCUGCGGGCACUCCUGCAGAGGAAGAUGGUGUGCAAGAGCCGGGAGGAGCGGGGCCAGCUGUGCCACCGCCUGCUGCAGGACGCCACGCAGCUCCGGGAGCUCUUCUGUGGCCUGGGCCUGGACCGGGGCCAGCAGAGCCUGGAGGCUGUUUUUGCCCUGCGGGAGCUGAUCUACCUCAAAGACCCAGCAUUACUCAGCCUGGAGGUGCUGGGCUUCAUCACCAAGUACCCUGAUGUCAGCGAUGAGCACAUCUCCACCUUGCUGGAUAUCCGCGGGGACGUCUCCAAGGAAGUGCGGCACGUGGUGCUGGAAAUGAUGGCUCAGCACCCCCAGGUUCUGCCCGAGGGCUACCGGCCCAUCUUCAGCACCAUCCUGGUCCCUGUGCCAGAGCUGCCCUUCUGCCUUCGCAAGGGCAAGUGUGCCUGACCCUGCCUGGCACCGGUGCCCCGCUGGUCCCAGGUAGGGGCCAUGCAGGGCAGCUCUGUGGCUGUGCGUGGUGAGAAUGGAGGUGACAUGUGGCAUCCCUUACACAGAGCACCUUGUCCUGUGUGGGGACAGUCUGGAUAAAGGCCAUUCUCCUCUGGUCUUGCCCCAUGAGAAGACUGUCCCCUGCAAGCACCAGUCCUGGGAUACCUGGACUGGGGGAAAUCCAACCUGUAGCUAUUUUGGUGGCCUGCUGGGACAGUGACUGAGGGCUGCUCAGGCUCAGGCCCAUUACCUGCAGGAGAAAGAAGACUUGCAGAACGGACAGGAAUCUGCAGCUGGGACAAAUUCACAUCUCCAUGGGGCUGCAGAGAUGUUUGAGUUUCUCCAAGUCUCCAGACAGCCCCCUGAGCCAGUAUGUCCCAGCCAUGGAGGCUGUUACCAUUCCAACUCUGAGGCAGACUGGAGCCUUGCUGGGACCAGGCUGGCAGGAGGGUUUCAGCCAUGGGAGGUCCUCUGGGCUCAGCCCUGGGGUUGGGUGCUGCUGCUCCACCAGGCUGGGCCCUGCAUGGCCGGUGGAGAGCAGCUGAGCCAGCUCAUCAUGGCUCACGGAUGCUGAGGAGAAGAGCACAAGGUGGUCUCCUCAGCCUGGACAGUGCCAUCAGCCCUAUCCCUGCUGGCACAAAGGGACAGCUCUGAGUUCCUGCUGACCUGCCAGACUCCUGGCUCUGGCUCGUAUGCCAGGAGGAAGACUGGAGUUGGAGGCUCUCAAGCUGCAUGGAGAGCGUGGUUGUGCCUGGUGUGUUGUCCUGCUCCAAGGUUCCUCUGUGAUGGGCAGCACCACCCUGAGCACUGGCUCUCCCUCCAUCCUCUGCUGCUGCCCAGGCCGUGGCAUCUCCUCCCAGGCACCAUAUGAAGAUCAGGAGCAGUCUGUGUCUUUGCCUACACCCUUGUGCCUAGCCCCUGCAGCACCCUGGGAGACCUCCAUGCUCUGCCAUGCUUCCCACGCUGGGAUGGGCCACAUCCCACUGUCCUUGCAUGGUACCACUGCUGGAAAUAAAGGCCUAAGCUCUGAACUCGUU